AUGUACCGUGAAAAUGGUAGUGCUUUGCAGGAGCAGAUUGGAGCCAACGUUCUGCUGGUCGAUUGGCGCCGGGGAGCCGCCGCACCCGUGUACUCUGUUGCCGCCUCCAACACGCCCGCAGUGGGCGCUGAACUUUCAGUUGUGUUGCAGCGGCUGAUGCGAAACAACUCCAACCUGAUGCCCCAUGAUGUCCACAUCAUAGGCUUCAGCCUCGGGGCUCACGUGGCUGGUUUCUGCGGCAGGCACUUCCUGAUGCACACCAGGAAGAGGAUCGGACGCAUUACCGCUCUUGACCCAGCCGGACCUCUCUUCGAAGGCACUAAUGUGUCCGUGUCCAGAGGUGAUGCUGACUUCGUGGACGUAAUUCACACUAACAUGGGCCAAUUGGAACACCUUCAGUUUGGUCUCGCUGCUUCAGUGGGUGACGUUGAUUUCUUCCCUAACGGAGGAUCGGAGCAGCCAGGAUGUCAUCGUAUCGCUUGCAGCCACCAAAGGGCGCAUGAAUUGAUGAUCGAAUCUAUAACGAACCAACACUGCAUGUUCACGUCACAACCUGUCAACAGCCAACGAGAUCUAAUUGCAAAGAAAAUCAACUUGAGCUCGAAGUCACUGCACGAAAGUGGCUCGACCGGCCAAGGAGCCAUGGGAUACUACAGCAUCAGCGCCAAAGGACGUGGAAUCCAGUACAUCAGGACUAGAAGCAAACCACCAUUUUGCAUUCGGGAGUAAGAAAAAAUAAAAACACAUUUCAUAACUUGGCA